AUGGAAGCAUAGUAAUAUAAAUUGAGUCAAACACUUCGAACACAUAAUAAUAUAGUGAGAUCAAUUUCAAUUUAAGUUAAUGAAUUAUUAACAUGUAAUGAUUAUAAGUUUAAUUUUUUUAGGCUUAAGUGAUAAGACUGCAAAGAUAUUUGAAAUGAAGUCUAAAUAGUAGUAAGAAUUGACUUUUUGACAUUUUUUGAGAAAUACAUAUAAAUGCAAUAUAUGCAAUAAGACAUUAU